AUGGCAGCAGUAUUCAUCCCACCCUCCCCUCGAACCACUCUUAAUAUGUCGACUCGCCGACCACUCGCAAACGUGCCGAAUGCUACCAAUUCCCCUCACAGGUCAGGCCUCGUGCCGGCCAAACGUCUCCGGGCGGCGUCAACCCAGCUUGACAUCCCUUACGGCCAGCCUCCUCCGAAGAAGCAGGUAGUCGAUGGCCAGGACCCGGAGGCCCGAUCACCCACCCGUCCCCGAACUUCCGCCUUGCAGAACCCGGACUCUAAGCUGUUUACACGUCGGACCAACAAUGCCCAGCCCAGCGCGUUCGAAAGGAAGUUGGUUGCCGUCAGGGACAAGGAACGUCAGACUCAACAAAAAGUUACAAGAAAUGACAAGCCGUCCGCUGAGACGCUUGAUGCCAUGCGACAGUGGCAAAGACAUUACCGAAAGGCUUUCCCUCAAUUCGUCUUCUACUUCGACAGUAUCCCGGAGGAUGUUCGAAGCAAAUGCUCAAGACAGGUUCUGGCUCUAGGAGCUCGUGAAGAAAAAUUCUUCUCGCGCCAAGUGAGCCACGUCGUGACCUCUCGCCCCAUCCCCCCUGAAAAUGACACCGUGACCCCGACCGAGAUCACCGCGGAACCUACAGAACAAUUGAAUGCGGAUGGUACCUUGCAGACCGUCAAUCCGUCUCUACUCGAUAAGAGCGCCGAAAGCCACCUUCACAUGUCCCUUAAAAACGAUGCACGGCGUGAACAGAGGGGAAUGGAUGUGCUGCACCGAGCUCGGCAAAUGCGCAUGAAGAUCUGGGCUAUCGAAAAACUCCAGCGGAUGAUUGCUACUAUUAAUGAUGGGGAUAUCGCGGGCCACACGGGUUCGACUCGAACUACAAAUGCCGUCACUGGCCACACAAGGGUCAAGGGGGAAAACGACCUCUCACAAGUGCUUCAAAAUGAGCUUAACGGUCCGUCUGACCGGAAUCCUCACUCGGUUCUCAAGGAGCAGAUCUUGUUCAAAGGCCCUUUUAUCUACGUUCAUGACAUGGAUGAAAAGACCCGGCCUGUCAUGGUCCGUGAGUACGCCAGGGUUGUCAGACGGCAAGAUGGGACCUGGCCGCAGUUCAGAAGUGCACCCCUGGGCAAGUGUCCGUUCAUCGACGAGCCGCCUACAAAGAAGGAGCUGGACCGACAACGUGCCCGUCAACGCGAGAAGGAGAAGAAGCCGGUGCCAAAACCUGUCCCCGUCCAAGAAACCCGAGAUGCGAAAUUGAAUGUGCCGGAGAUCACCAAGACCCCAGAUGAUGUUGAGGAGGCAACACCGGAAUAUAGCCCCGCAGAGGUCAUUUGCCAACCAAACCAGCCUGAGAUGCAGGAGAUGCAGCCAGCUAGACCACCGUCGCCUAGGAAGAGCCCGGAGAGUUUCUGCCCACCUCCAAUGCAGCGCACGGGUCCAUUCUUCCAUGGCCGUGAACCUGCAGCGUCAGGGGUGCAGCCCUCGAACAUCACCUCUGCCAUCCGCUCCCAAAUGGUUUCUUCGACUGCCGCUGCACCCGGGGCUAAGGCUGGCUUGAGCAAGGAAGUCCAUGAAUUGAAGCGGAAGGUACUCGAGAAAGGGAACGGGGUAAUUGCCGCUGGCACGGUGCCAUUAUCGCACCAAACCACGAACAUCAACACGAAUCUGAAGCUGAGAACCCAUGAGAAUCGACCGAGUAAUCUAAGCCACACGGAGAAAGCUGUGAAUGUGUUUGAGGAAGAGACGGCGCAGUUAGAGGGCACCGAGGCACUCAAGCGACUCGCAAGUAUCCGAAAGGGGACUACUCCGAAGAAAAAGGAGCGACGGAGAGACCCCAAGCCAGGUUAUUGCGAAAACUGCCGGGAUAAAUUCGAUGACUUUGAUGAGCACAUCAUGACUCGAAAGCACCGCAAAUUCGCUAUCAACAGAGCUAACUGGGCUGAACUGGAUUCCUUGCUCAUCCAGCUGGAGAGACCCCUCAAGCCUAAGCUUGCUUUGUAA